AGAGCGCGAGUUGACAAGAUCCAUUUUCUCACCACCCACCACCCUUCCAGCCAUCUACAAUACACAUUCCUUUUUAACGAUUAUGUUCACUCUAUGAUUAUGAUAAUGGUGUAUAUGGUCAUACUGUCCCUCCUUUGAAUGAGUUUUACGACCUGCUUGGAUCUUACGUUCGCUUUAUACGGCCCUGCUCAACUGUCUAGAAUCAUAUACGCCUACUUGUGCUUGCUUGUUAACGGCCGGGCUCCCAGUCGUUCCUUUUUUGAUUUCUUUUUGGAUUCGGCUUGUAUCUACUAUCGCUACACACGCCGUCUCAUCCACGAGACCGGUGCAGCGUCCUGUAUUUCCACUUGACGAAUAUACAGUCAUUGAGCAGUGCCAAGAAAGAAAAAUCAUAUACGUCUAAAUGUCACACUCCCUAUUCCCCGCUGCAUAUUCUCCCAUGAUCAUGCUGGACGAUGAGACAACACAGGAGAAGUGGAGGAGUCCCAAGUCGCCCAGGUCGCCCAAGUCUCCCAAGGCAGCAGCUCUUCCCAGACUAACAUUGCCUCCCGCUAUCAAGACCAACUCUGUCAACCUCAACGACCCUAACACAUAUCAGCCUCAUGCUCUGAGUGUCGACUUUCAGUGUAUCCCAGGUGGCGGCGGAGACGUAUCCCCUUGUUCUGAGGUCCCGCCAUCUUCACGGUGUAGCGCCAUAUCGCUUUCGCCAUCACUCUUUCCGCUACCACCGGCCGGGGCCUCACCAUCACCAUGUUCUCACUACCCAACUCCCACACCAUCAUCACCUCCCGGUACAGCCCGCUCACAUACAUCUGUAUCAUCAUGGUUCUCACCACCAUCGCCACCCCCCACAGCACCACUACCACCAACGCCAACGCAAAGGAGAAUGGCGAACCUAAUGGCCGAUUCCAAUGAGCUCGACACCCUUCAGACACCCACACAGGCCAGGCUCAAGAAACCCAUUUCAACACAAGCUUUAAAUCAGCCCCUUCUACCAUAUACCACUCGCCCCCGACGGGCUUGCACUUACACAUAUACCAUCGACACCCAAGGAUAUCGCGAGUCCGCAGUUGACCCCGAUGCACCGCUCUCACCACUCUCACCCCCACCGCCAUCAUUCCCGCCCCCGUACACACCCAAGGAGCGGCUGAGCGGCGCCAGCAUGAGCACCCGCGUGGACUCGUCAACGCCGCUCGCGUACAAAUCACUAUCACACGACGGCACCCGCAACCCAGCAAUAGAGUACGAGUCACCACAGCACAGCGACGACGAGGACGUGGAGGCAGGGACCAAGAGGAAGUGGUGGGCCGGAUUCAAGAAGAGAAAGAGGCGGACGGUGUGGUGGGUGGUCGGGGCGGUCUCGGCCGCGGUCUUGAUGGUCAUUGCCGGGGUGGUCGUCGGGGUCAUCCUCGCGAUGUCGGGAUGAUAGGUCGCUAAUCAGGUGGUCGCCUAAGAAUAGGCCGUUGCCCCUUGUCUUACCUGGGUACUCUACUACCUACCGGUACUGAGGGGUAAUCACUCCUCUUACUAACAAGAGGUUUUACUAUAUUAUUAUGAAUGAAUGAAACUUGCGAAAAAAAAAAACACAACACCAUCAAACACAACUGAGAAGGGGAAGGGGAAUUUCACCACACACACACUAUAAAAAAAAGGGAAAAAUAAAUAUUAAUUAACGAAUUGAG